AUGGAGGUUUUCGCUGAACUACCACAGAUCACACUACCAGCAUCUCCAGUUCCGUUCUGCGCUUUCUGCCUGCGUGCUAAUUCUCCAAACGUCGAGUUCUACAAGCACGUCGUUGGCAGUACUACCGAACUUCGAAACUCUUUGCAAUCGAUGCUUGGCUUCGACUUCCAGCUCGCCAACUUUUCCAUCUGUAAACCGUGCUGGAAGCUGAUGCAACUCGUUCAGGACUUCCGACUACGGUGCUUCAAGGCUAACAUGUUGGUGGAGCGUAUCGGCCAAGGAAUACAGAGUGAAGACGGCUGGUUCUCGAUGAAGAACUUGGCGAUCAUCGAGAGUGUUCGAAUGAUGAUCAAAGAUCAAGUGCAGCAGAUCGGGAUAGAGGAGGAGUUGAGGGCAACCGAUGUUCCAGACAAUCAAAACCUUGAUCAAGAUAUGGAAGGGGAACUUGUAUCGACGAUAGAGUGUAACUUGUGUGACGAAAAGCUGUUCACCGAAGAACGUCUGGCAGAACAUUACGACCUAGUACAUCCGAAUCAGAAGAAGUAUCCGUGCAAACUGUGCAGUACUGAAUUCUCUAACGAGCCAUGUCUCAAAACCCACAUGCAAACCAAGCACGGCGCAACCGGUCCCAAAACAUUUCCGUGCCCAAUCUGUGGCAAACAAUUUACCGUGAAGUACAACAUCAGACCUCACAUCGAAAAGGUCCAUGGAGGGGAGAGGAAUUUCCAGUGUGAGAUCUGCAAGAAACGGCUCACCAACCGAUCGUGUUUGCAGGCGCACGUUGCCAGGUUCCAUCCGGAAUCAGCCAGCGAAAACGCUCGGGAGAUUUUGAACCGGAGACAGGCACGAAUGCGGGAGUUAACCAGAAGAUUCUUCGUACGAUUUCCGUACAAGUGA